AUGUAUACUAAGGAAUUUAGAACGUCAUUUGGCCAUGAUCUCGAGCUAGACAAAGGAAGCGUUCUAGAGCUAUCUGCUGUCCACUUUAUCAAUAAAGUUGUACUGCAAAUCAGGCUCAACGGGGAGCUUGACACAUGUCUCGAAGUUAUUUCUAAAGGACUACCUGCAGAGAGCAUGAGCAGUACCCCGCUAGGUCUCCAAGUAAUGCAGCGAAACGAAGAUCAAAUAGAUAUGCCAAUGUUGGCUGAAGAUUGUAAUGACAAUGAAAAUGAAAUAAAUGAUUUCACUCCCGUGGAGGACUCACUUUCUAACUUCCAUAUUAUCACCAGAUUAGGAGAUUCAAACGAUAUGAAGCUGCCGAUAGUCUGCUGUCAAAUUGCGGAACUUUAUCAAAAAGUUAUAUUUCUCUCUAAUGUCGAUAAUAUGCGGGACGUAGCACCAACAAGAGACUUUGUUAUAUCGCUCAGUGCCAAGAUUUGGAAAAGUGCCUCUCCAGGAAGGGACUUUAGUCUACUAAUAUUUAUCUUGACUUCCAUUAAAGAAAUGUAUAAACUAUGA